AUCCUUCGAAAAACCACUCGUGGAUUCGCCCUUCCCACCAUUGUUUCUGUCGCGAACACGAACAGUGCCGACAUCUCGCAGCUUCCUCUCACCGCGCCCGACGAUGGCUCCCAAGGAAACCCUCUCCAUCGAAGUGGCCGAGGAUGCGGAGGAGGAGCUGGAGCCCCUUUUCAACUAUGGCCGCGUCCAGCCCGUGGAUUUCCUCUCCUUCGAAGAUGACGCCUUUGAUUCCUCCCCGAUCGUCUCCAAUGGCAAGCGUAAGCGGGCCUCUGAUCCCACCGAGCUUAAGGCAAGGACCGGUCGCGAAGCCAUGGUUGUCUUAGACGAUGAUGAAGAAGAUUUGAAGGCGCAGGAAGACGCGGAUUGGUUGCCUCUGCCGCCCCCUAGGGUUCCAAGUUCAGGCUUGGGACUACAAGAAGAUAGCACUCUACUAGAACUGCGAUUACAUAAGCAGGAAUUAGCAUCACUUGCUCAAUCUGCCCAAGAAGUGCUGCAGCAAGUGGAGGAAGCUGCAAAAAUGGAACAUAAUAAUUCAGGAAAAUCUGUUGAACAACUGCCAAAACAACAAGUUCAAAGACAAAAGAUAGUUAUAUCCAUUCAGGACAAAGAAGGACAAAAGCAAUUCCGCAUUUACACGGAUGACAAGUUUGAGAGGCUCUUUAAACUGUAUGCUGAGAAGGUACAGGUCAAGCUUGAUAAUCUGGUCUUUUCUUUUGAUGGAGAUAAAAUUAGCACAAAUGCAACACCCGAUAGCCUUGGCUUGGAGGAUGACGACAUCAUUGAAGUUCAUGUGAAAUCGCAAUAGAAACCAGGUAUUAUAUGAUUUUAGGUGCAGAACUUAACAGAGACAAGGAGUGGUUGAUGACCUAAGGUGUUUUAUGUUAAAUGGGCAAAACUAUUGUUUUCCAUCCCCCGGUAUAUUGUGCAAGUUGGACGUAUAUAUGUACAAGACUCUGAAUUUUGUAGAUUCUGAACUCUCAAAAGUAAAACAUAUGAGCUUCCACCUGUCAA